AGAUAAAACUUGUGGCGCCAAGCCGGAAGAAAAAGAGUAUUAUAAGCAGCAAUAUAUUGUGACGUAAGCAUUAGAACUUGUCGAGAACGUCGCGUGAUACUGUGAGGCUUCGGAGUGGUCAGUAAAAUCGCCUGGUUUAAGUCGGUUGAUCCUUGUUACUGCUCGUUUCAUUAUAUGUAUAUCGUGCUUAGUUUCUCUUUAAAUUAAAUUUUAUAAGUAAAGUAAAUUUAUUGAAUAAUAUUUAAAGUUAAGUUAUUGUGUUCAUUUAUCUUGAUAUGAUUCAUUGACAUAAUUGUCAGUCGCGUUGGAAAACUAACCAAAGUUUCCAAGUGUUCUACAAGUUAACAAAAAAAAAGGAACCAGCUUAAUACUAAGUUUAAGAACGAAUUGCGUUUGCGCUCGUCAGUUCAUCUACUAUCUCCUAACUAUUUCAUUAUCAUUUGAUUAUUAAAUAUACAUAUAAUUGUUGCUCCUAAAUGCGCGUGCGUAUUUUCGAAAACUCAUCAGCUCACCCGUCUACUGAAAGCUGUCUCCACAUUCUUUGAUAUCGCAGUUACUCUCUCAUUAUUGUACUAAGAAUAACGUGUGAUUUUAAUUGCAUUAUGACUUGCUGCAACUUUGGUCCUUGAAUAAUACUCAGAGGGUUCUGUUGCACCUGUUUGUACACUAGAUUGUUUAAUUAUCACAUCAAUCUUUGGAAAUUUUAUUGUACAAUUGACCAACCUUGAAAUAAGUGCUAUUUAGUCAGCCAGUAUUUCAAGUGACACUUGUUUCGAAUGAGAAAAAUGACUGAUCGUAAUACUGAGAUGCAUUAUACUCCACCAACAUCCGAUACUAUUCAGACCAAACCAUUUCCAAUAAGAGGGGAAAGAGCAAAUUUUGUAAAUAAACGACAUGUAAUUGCAAUGGUUGGCUUACCCGCACGGGGUAAAACAUAUAUCUCAAAAAAACUUUGCAGAUAUUUAAAUUGGAUUGGCAUAAAUACCAAGGUCUUCAAUUUAGGAGAAUAUAGACGACAUGCUACUACUGCAUAUCAAUGUCAUGAAUUUUUUCGACCUGAUAAUAUUAAAGCAAUGGCAAUAAGAACUCAAUGUGCUGUUGAUGCUCUGAAUGAUGUUUGUCAAUGGUUAGAAAGUGGUGAUGGAGAAGUUGCUGUUUUUGAUGCUACUAAUUCAACUCUAGAAAGGAGACAAAUGAUUUAUAAUAUUGUUGUUGAAAAAAUGGGCUUUAAACUAUUUUUUGUUGAGUCUGUUUGUGAUGAUCCAGAAAUCGUUGAACAAAAUAUUAUGGAGGUGAAGGUUAGCAGUCCAGAUUAUGCAAACAUGAAUAAAGAAGAAGUUUUAGCAGAUUUUAUGUUGAGAAUUGAACAUUAUCAAGAAAAAUACCAACCACUUGAUGAAAAAUUAGAACGUGAUUUAUCGUUUAUGAAAAUUUAUAACACAGGCGAGAAAGUAUUGGUUUUUAAACAUGAGGGUCAUAUUCAGAGUAGAAUAGUUUAUUAUUUGAUGAAUAUACACAUUGUGCCACGAACUAUUUACCUAACAAGGCAUGGCGAAAGCUUAAUGAAUCUUGAGGGAAGAAUUGGCGGUGAUUCAGAUUUGAGCGAAAGAGGUAGACAAUAUUCCAAAGCUCUUGCUAAAUACAUUGAAGAACAAGAUAUCCAAGGUUUACGUGUUUGGACUAGCUGGUUAAAAAGAACCAUUCAAACAGCUGCCGAUGUUAAUGCUCCACAAGAAAGGUGGAAAGCACUCAAUGAAAUUGAUGCAGGGAUUUGCGAAGAAAUGACAUAUGAAGAAAUUUCGAGUAAAUAUCCCGUCGAUUUUGCUGCGAGGGACCAGAAUAAAUUUUCAUACCGAUAUCCAAGAGGAGAAAGUUAUGAAGAUUUAGUAGCUCGUCUUGAGCCAGUAAUAAUGGAACUUGAAAGACAAGGAAAUGUUUUAGUGGUUUCUCAUCAAGCUGUUCUACGAUGUCUAUUAGCAUAUUUUCUUGACAAAAACGCAGAUGAAUUACCCUAUUUACAAGUACCCUUACAUACAAUAAUGAAAUUAACCCCUGUAGCUUAUGGUUGUAAAGUGGAAAGAAUUCGGUUACCCAUAGACGCCGUGGAUACACAUCGACCAAAACCAAAGAUCCCUGGAUAUUUGGAGCAGCGAUUCAGGAGCAUAGGAAAAAAUCUACACACUUGAUAGCAAUAAUUAGUCACUAAAUAAAUAAUUUUUUUUCUAGAUGGACAUUUUUAUUAUUAUGAUCGUAAUUAUAAUUACUAUGAUUGAGACCUAGCAGCAUUUUUAAGGGCAGCAGGCUGCCCCGUGGGAGCUUAUUAUAGUGCCAAAUUAUUUUUUAUUUCAUUUUUACUUAUAAAAAUUAUGAAAAAUAUAUACAAAUGUACAUCAGUUGCCCUCUUAAUGUGCUGGUGUAGAAAAAUAUGAUUAUUUUUUUUGUAUAUUGUUGAUAAUGUGAUAUGAGUGCUCAAAAUGAUAAGUGCGUAACUUUAAUUGGGUAAUUUUAAUUAAUAUCAUUUAUUCAAUAAUUUUUCAACCCUGAAAGUUCCAUAAAAAUAUUAUUAACAAUAUUGUGUUCUUAUAAAAAAAAAUUCAUUAAUAAACUCACACUUUUAAUCAA